AUGUUGGUUGCAAGUAAAGGUGUUCUUGUGAAAUGCGAUCCAUCUAUAAAAGCGCUUAUUAUCCAAAUUGAUGCUGAUUCACCAGGGAUUAUCUUGGAAGAGCUCGAUGAUACGCAUUUACUUAUUCAACAGGAUAAAGUGAAUGUCGUCAAAAAUGAACUAAAUAAAUUACUUUCAAAGAAUAUAUAUAACCCUUUCGAAGAAGAGUAA